UAAUUGUCAUCGUUUUCAAACUGAAGGAACAAUAUCAACAAUUAUUUCAUCAUAUUAUGACGAUCAAUGUGAAUUUUCUCGAGAAAAUCUUGCAGUUGGUCAUUUAAUUGGAAAAGGAGCAUUUGGUUUUGUAUAUCAAGGUGUAGCAAAGGGUAUUAAUUCAAAAGAAAAACUAACAACAGUAGCAAUCAAAACUGUUCGAGGUUAG